GAAAUGGAGACACAAAAUGCAAGUUUACCAACAGAUUUUGUUCUGCUGGGACUCCUGCACCACACCAAAGCUCACUCCUUUUUCCUUGCCAUCAUUUUGCUUGCCUUGGUUACUGCUGUGUCUGGGAAUACUCUCCUCCUCCUUCUAAUCCAGGUGGAUUCCUCCCUUAACACCCCCAUGUACUUCUUCUAAGGUCAAUUAGCCUUCAUGGACAUCUGUCAGAGCCUGAUUGUAGUCCCCAAAAUGUCAGCAGACUUUCUGACCCCAGGAAACUCAAUUUCUCCAGUGGGUUGUGGGAUUCAGAUUUUCCUCUCGCUGACAAUGGGUGGAGCAGAGUGCCUCCUCCUGGCAGUCAUGGCUUACGACAGGUACGUAGCUAUUUGCCACCCCUUGCAAUACCCUAUCCUCCUGAGCAGGAGAGUCUAUCUGUGCUUGGCAGCUGGGGCCUGGACUGGGGCAGCAGCAGACGCCUUGAUCCAUUCAGUUUAUACCACACAUCUGCCCUACUGUGCUUCAAAAUCUAUUGACCAAUUCUUUUGUGAAGUCCAAUCCCUGCUGAAACUGUCCUGCUCUGACACCUCCCGAUAUGAGACUCUGGUAUUUGUGAGUGGCAUCCUCCUGCUCCUCAUCCCUUCUUCCAUCAUACUAGCAUCCUAUACUCACAUCCUCUCUACCGUCCUGAGGAUGAAGUCAACCAAAGGACAGCAGAAAGCUCUGGCCACCUGCUCCUCACACCUGACUGUGGUGGGCAUGUUUUAUGGUGCUGCCAUCUUCACAUACAUGAGGCCUAAUGCCCCUCGCUCACCAAAACAAGACAAGGUGGCCCCUGUGUUUUACACCAUCGUCACCCCAGUUCUGAAUCCACUCAUCUACAGCCUCAGGAACGGGGAUGUCUUGAGAGCCCUGAGAAAGCUGGUUGGGAAAUACAGAGUCCUCCAGCAAAACUGA